GCAAUUUUAAAAUAAAAUAAAAUAAAAAUCAUUCUUGUGAUAUUUAAAGGCUGAUUGCAGGAGCACAUUUCAAGCAGCUUUCAGGCAUUUUUACACUUAAAACAAGUGUGAGGUUAGUUCCUGUGUCAUCCAUUCUUUGAUUUGAGUUAUGGAUACAAGGUUUCAUUUUGCCAAGCACACACAGGACGUUGUGCUUCCUACUAUUGGGUAGACCAGAACAAGUGCAUCCAACCGGUCUGAUCACAUGAUGUAAGGGGAGAGAUACAGGAGGAAGUCAGAGACAUAAAACUCUAAUCUGAUGUGCUGCUGGUAAAGUCACAGCACUAGGUUUCGUGGAAUACAUCCAGAACUCACACUGCAAGAAGACGUAACAGUUACUCCUCUCCCACAAUGAGGCUACUGAAACGAGGCAGAUUUCGCCUGCUCCUGAAGCUCACCAUUGCACUGGGAUCACUAUGGAUCCUCUCACUACUAACUCGCAGUAAUCCAGGCUGGAAUCCCAGCUCAGUUCUCAGGUACAGCUGGUUGGAGUAUACAGACUCUGAUGACAGCCCAGAGAAAGUGUGCAACUGCUCAGCUAUCCUGCAGGGAGAGAGGGAGGCACUGGAGCAGGCCAAAUCACUGACCAUCACCAAAGACUUCCACAAGAGUGUUCACAUCCCUGAUGAACAUUACGUGAAUGCAACCGAAGACUGCAGUGCAUUCAAAUUAAGACGAAAAUACUUAACAUCUCCGUUGAGCCAGGAAGAAGAGGACUUUCCCCUGGCAUACUCUAUGGUUGUGCAUCAUAAGGUGCAGAACUUUGAGCGCCUGCUGCGAGCCAUCUACGCACCUCAAAAUAUUUAUUGUGUCCAUGUGGACAAAAAGGCAAAAUCCUCUGUCUUAUUUGCCAUCUGGGCAAUUACUGACUGCUUCCCGAACAUCUUCUUGGUCAGUCAGCCUGUUGAUGUGGUCUAUGCGGCCUGGUCACGUGUCCAGGCUGACCUUAACUGUUUGGCGGAUCUCUAUAACAGCAGCACUCAAUGGAAAUACGUCAUCAACCUUUGUGGCCAAGAUUUCCCUCUGAAAACCAACUUGGAGAUUGUAAGGACACUGCGUUCACUGAGGGGCGGGAACAGCUUAGAGUCAGAAGAAAUAUCUGCAGGAAAAGUGUGGAGAGUGACAAAUUCACACAAAAUAAUAGAUGGACGAAUCCAGGGUACAGGGAAGGCAAAGGAGCCUCCUCCCUUCAACAUAACCAUAAUGUCUGGAAAUGCCUACUUUGUGGUUAGCCGGGGCUUCAUCCGCAGUGUGUUGGAGGACCGCCGAGUGCUGGCACUGAUGGAGUGGGCCAAAGACACCUACAGUCCUGAUGAAUUUCUCUGGGCAACCAUUCAGCGAAUGCCCGGAGUUCCUGGCUCAACAUGGCCCCACAGGAAAUAUGACAUUACAGACGUCAAUGCCAUCGCCCGCCUGGUGAAGUGGCAGUGGCACGAGGGGUCGCAGGAUUCACCGGACGCGGUGUACCCAGAGUGUCACGGCAGCCACGUCAGGUCAAUAUGCGUAAAUGGUGCCGGGGACUUACAGUGGAUGCUCAAGCAGCAUCAUCUCUUUGCCAACAAGUUUGACAUAGACACAGAGCCCGUUGCUGUCUACUGUUUGGAGAAAUAUCUAAGAAAAAGGGCACUGUCUGGUCUACAAUAGAUAUAUUGGAGGUUUAGCAACCGAGAAUGGCAUUCAAUUCAAACCUUUAUCAACACAGGGAAAUUGUAUACACAAAUUAAAAUGUUUCAUUAGUGGCACUAUAUUAUUCAGUCGUAUUACUGCUAAUCGAGCAGUUUAUCAGUGUAACGAUUAAAAUAAUCAACUCAAAAGCCAAAAAGAAAAAUCCUGUAGUGGUGGUCUGCACAUCGGGUCGGAACUGGACAUUUCCCAGUGGCCUGAUGGUUGCUCCGGCUUUCCUUGAAUAUAGCAAACAGGACCGCCAACGUAACCACGUCUCUCUGCGAUGCACAGAGCAACCAAAGAUAACAAUAUAAUAAUAAUAAUUGUGAAAAGGGAGAUUUCUUCCCCAUCUUCACUAGGCGCUGUCUCCCUAUAUUAGACAUUUGAUUAUAAUUCAAAUUUUGAUUAUCAGUUAGGUUAUGUAGAUAAUCUGGUUUUGAGUUGUGUGUUGAAUUGGUGUUACAGCAUGUAUGUGUUCAUAGUUGAUUUUGUUAUGUCCAUGAUGUUGCUCUGUUUGAUUGUUGUUUUUCCAGAUCUGUGAAUGGGGUCAGAUCAGCAGGUCGAUCAGGGAGAGGUGUGUAGGAUCAGGUCUCAGAGAAAGGAGGGGCUGGAGGUGACAGAGAAUGGAGGACGUGUUCUGCAUUAGAUGACAUUUCAGUCAACCUAUUGCAUUUAUCUGCUGAACUUUUGCAGAUAGGUUGAAUUGAUUGGUCAGCAGUAGCCCAGGGUCCAAACGUGGUCUUGUCCUGAGUGUGGUUUCUCUUUGUCUUUCUGUUUAGCUCACCUUAUACUUACCAGCACAGAUUGCAUGUUCCAGGCAGGUGAGGCUAUAAAGCCAUUCAGUAGUGAGGGGGGGGAGACAGGAGUUGGCAGCUUGGUGAGGCUACAGAUUUUUCUAGUUUGUUUCUCUUUUUCUUUCUCUAGUAUGAUUUAGUAAUUUUUUUUGAAUUUUUCAGGAGUAUUCCUGUCUUACUGUUGUAGAACCUUUUUGUUAUUAAAAUGCAAAACAUUUUCAUCUA